UCAAAGGCGCACGCGUGUGUGUUAGGUGUUACGUGUGUAUGCCUGUGUUUGGUCGGUAGGCGAAUUAAUCCUCGGCGUGAAUUGUAAUUUUUUCUCUUCAAACAGCAAUUUGACGCAGCGUAAUCAUGUCUACGAAAGUACGAACAAAGCAAGAAAAAACCGGCGAGGUGGUCGCCUACAGCGAGGGAGCGGUGAGAAAUAAUUCGGCAGUCGUCGAAUACUGCAGGAUAUCCAUGGCUGCGUUAUCUGGAAGUACAGCUGGACUCUUGGGCCUGACUGGACUCUAUGGUUUUGGAUUUUAUAUAUUCGCCGUUGUCGGGUUAUGGGCACUGUUGAUGAUGAAAACUGGCGGGCAAUGGAAAAAAUAUUUCAUAAGUAGACAAAGUUUGCUAACAAAUGGUUUUUUUGGCGGGUUAUUUACGUACGUGUUAUUCUGGACAUUCCUUUUCGGUAUGGUGCAUGUCUACUGAGGGAAAGGCGUCCUGAGUAUUUGAAACUCGCUGAAAUUCACAACUGGAUAAUAAAUUACAAUUGUUAUUUAAAAUAAAUGUAACUUUUUAUUGUAAAUGUUUUCACACUUAAACGUAUUUAUGCCGUUACUCUUCACCUACUUAGUACGGUGUUGCUUACACCUGAGUAUCAAGUAUACAACAAACUUGAUGUUAACAGAGUUGGCAAUUCUUGAUGCUCAUGUGAAUUUUGUACAGGGUGCAUGCAAUAAACCAAAGUACUAUGCGAAA